AUGGAUCCCAACGCGUUUAAUGCAGCGCUCAACGCUCCCGCCGGUUCCACCGAGCAAAUUCAAAUUCUGAGCGAGCUACGGACUGUGCUUGAGCAACAGCAGUCGACCGUUCCUAUAUUCCUGACCACGCUUGCGCCCCGUAUUCUUGCCCAGGCUGGGGAAUCUGUGAUUAAGCAAUGGAUGAUGGAUUUGUUGUUGUUCGGUCUCUCGCAGUCGUCGUUGGUAGUUGAGAACAGAGCUCAGAUUGCGUCGUCUACGUUGGAUGCGCAGAUUGCUUUAUUGAAUGAACAGGCGACGGUGUAUAUCAAGGGAGGAAUUCAUUGUCUCUCGGCCUCUUACCCACUACUCUUCCGACUGCGCCAACCGCUCUGCGCGCCAGCAAUGGGAUCAAUCUCAGCCGCCAAAGUUCGCAUUCUCGCCAUGGUCGACGACACAUCACUCCCCGCCGGAAUCCGUCUCAGUGCCAUAAAGUUCAUGCAGCGCGCGAUAUUGGUUCAGACUCGUGGUGUCAAUGAUCCCAGGGUACUUCAGAACAAGGGUGACCCGAACUUGUCCAUGUGUCCGACCGAUCAUCCGUUUGUGUCUGCUCAGGCACUUGAGACUGAGGGUGGGGAAUUGCUCAAAAAGUGUAUUAUGAUCUUGUAUACCUCUAGUAACGCGGAUAUCUUGUCGGCUUUGAUUAAUACCUUGGCAGCCUUGUUCAAGCUGCGUCCUACACUUUCAGGUAUUGUCAUUCAGGCCGUUUUAAAAUGGACACCCCAAGUUGCGAUGACUGGUCAAUCCCCAAUGAGCGUACGGAGUGUCGAAAAGUCAAUCAAGAUUCUUUUGCACCAUAUUACAAGCGCACCAUACGCACGCGACAUUGCAGACGCGAUCCAAGCUCAAACCGCACGCAUGGAAGCAGCUGCACAAGAAGCGCGACGAAAACGCGCGCUCGAGGCAGAAGCUGCCAACGAAGCUGCCAAACGGACCAAACUCGAACCGACGCCCGUACCCACCCCGCCCAAUAUCCCCACUCCAGUCGACCCCCGACCUCGACAUGGCCCGCCGCUCGUUGCGCCAACUCCCCAACUCCCCGUCUCGGCUUCUCAACUCGAAUCCCAAUCCCAGGUGGAAGCACAACCGACCGAGCCAGAGCCCGCAAUCAAAGAAGAACCCCUCGACCCGCUCAAGAUGGACAUUGACGACGACGACCUCGAGUACGAACCGGACAAGCUGAAUGCCACUGCCCAAGCCCAAGCUGAAGCCGAGGAAGACCAAACUCAAGUCGCCCCGCUCGACCCGUCUGCGUUUUCGCUGCCCGCGCCCAAGGACCUAUCCGACGCGGCUCGCAACGGGCUGGUCAAGUCGAGCGUGGCUCGGAUUUGGGAUGCUGGCGAAGAGGUGCUGGGACGGGACGUCAAGGGAGGGAGCGAAGUGGCUGUUGGGUUGCCCCCGGAAGAAAUGUGGAUGCUCUUGAUUGUCCGGAUGAUCAGCCGGGGUGCGAACGGAGGUCGGGUCAAGGACGAAGGUGGAGAUGACCGAGCGCUGGUGCAUAAUUUGGCAUUUAGGGAAGAUGGCAUGCGUCAGAUGUUGUUGGAUUAUUUGUUGGGUGAUUUCAAUGGCCGAAUACGACUGGCUAUCGUGUGGAUGAAUGAAGAAUGGUACAAUGAUCGGAUCCAAGCCAAGCAUGAUCCUUCGAGGGAGCGACAAUACGACAUCUGGCUUGGUCGAUUAGCUUCUUCCCUGAAAGCACGUCUCGAGCCCAAGGACAAGACGUUCGCCAAGUUCUUGAUGGAAUUGCCCUCGGUUCCGUCGAACGUUCUCUCGUUAUGCCGUGAGUUGGCUGAAACUCCUCAGCAGAUGGGCAUUGGCUUUGCUGCGCUCAGGGAAUUCAUCCAGCUUCGACCGCCUGUACGACCCGAAGCCAUGCGCAUACUACUUGAUUUGACAGCUCACCCUGAAAAAGUCACUCGGAACGCGGCAAUCAAUACGGUCCGACGUUGGGUCCCGGAUGUGGAACCUAUGAAUACGGAAAUCACAUCCUUUGCGAAGAAAUUACUCGGGCAACUUCAAGAAGGGCAGCACCCGUUCGAAGAGCACGAAUUUCCUCGGUAUCUACCUCCCAAAUUGCAAUUGCCAGCCAGGAAGGCAGAGGUUAUUCAGCAUGUGGAAUUGAUGUUUGCAUUGUCGGUCCGCGUGCCAGCAUUCCUAGACGAAAUCUUUGCGGCAUAUGUACAUAUGGAAACCACAGUCCAAGAAGCGAUGCAAGAUCUACUAGCGCCACUCGUUCGAUCGCUAGGACCUACCAACGCGAAAUUGUUAUCCCUGAUCAAGACAUUUGAACCCGGUGCCGAAUCUCUCAUCCUACGAAUAAUCAAGAUCUUGACCGAGAACGGGCGCCCGAAUGCCAAUCUUGUGGCUCUGGUCAAAGAGCUCAUCUCUGAGCGUAAUCUAGACGCGAGGUUCUUGAUGCCUAUUAUUGGUGAAAUGGACAAGCCGGAUAUCGUGAAAAACCUUCCACGCAUUGUGUCCAUGCUUAACGGCAAACCCGAACCAAAGGCGCUGGUCAAGUCAGCAUUCCAAGCGAUAGUGGCGGCGCCGCCGGAAAGCUUCACCAAGGGGUCGUCGAACCAGCCGAGGAUGAAACAGAGCGAGCAGCUCACACCUGUGGAUCUGAUGGUGCUACUCCACGAAGAUAAAGAAAUAGGCAUUAAACCCGCUAUGGAAGCUAUCGGUAUAUGCUUCCAAAUCGUGGAUGUUUUCCGCUCGGAUGUUCUUGCCGCGGUGAUGCAACAAUUGUUGGACUCGGCAACGCUUCCUACGUUAUUUUUGCGCACGGUCAUCCAAGCGGUUACAACCUACAAAAAUCUGGUGGGAUUCGUCUCGACCACACUCCUCUCACGGCUUAUCACAAAGAAGAUCUGGACCAAUCCGCCCCUGUGGGAGGGAUUCAUACGAUGUGCAAAGGUUAUUGCCCCAGCGAGCUUUGGAGCGCUACUUCAACUUCCGCGUGAACAGCUAAAAGAACUCAUAUCCAAACAGCCGGCACUCAAGGAGGAUUUACGUGAAUACGUGGUACGUAGAGCGGGUCCCAAAGCCCGGUUACUGGAGGUAUUCAGCGACCAGCCGGACCCACCCCCAUCUGCGGCGCCGCCGGACUCUGCUCCACCUACCACUCAGGGUGAUGCUGCUUGA